UAUAGAUAAUAGAAUAAAAAUUCAUACAUGGCAUGAUUUUAAACAGUUGGUUUGUGUAGAGUUCAUGAACUAUUUUGAUCAAAAGGUCGUUUUUAUGUGUUAUUUGUGAAACGCUUAUAAAACUGCAUUCAUACAAACAUGCACAUUUGAUCCCAUGACAUGACAUUUUUCAUUGUAAUUUUGUUGAACUUUUAGUGGCCAAAACCACACCCCCACAGCAUCGUUUCAAUUUUUCUAAAAAUACUUCCAAAUAUGGGUCAUUGUCAUUAUUUUCGCUGUAUAAAGAAUUUUUGCGAAUUUUAUAUAAAACGUUGCACGCUUAACAGCAUCUUCUGAAUGUCGCUUUGGACAGAAAACAGAACAUACGCAUUUAUUUAUUUGCAAAAAAAAAUUCGUGUUAAAAAUGCAAAUCAACAUUGAAAAUAUUGUGCUGUUCAGCUGCUUUCUUUUAAUCCCAGUAAACGUUUGCAGCCUAACCGAUAAUUACGAUGAUCUAUUACCCGUCAAUAAUGCCGAAACUGGAGAUUUUCCAUCAAUUGGCUCAUCUGAAACUGAUACGCGAAGUGUUAAACGAGAAGCUCCAAUGUUCAACGUUAUAAUGGAUUUAUUCGAUACAUUUUACAUGGCUAAAAAAGUAUAUGGAAAACGUUCGAAAUUGCGUCAAACGAGCAUGCACAAUGAUCAUGACGCCAGUUUCCUAAAGUAAUUUACGCAAUAGAAUAAAGAAAAAAUCGUGUUUUUAACGACUCUAAAUAAUAAACUUGCUUUCGAAUCAUUUUUCUGUCUGAUUACGUCUAAGUCAAUGAGAAAAAAGCAACACACUGAACAAAAUUCUAAUUGAAAUACAAUCACGCGCUAAUUAAUAAUAUGAAUCAGACAGAUUAAAGGCUUCAUAUUAUUAUUAGCCUUUGUACCUUAAACAGAUGUGCUUACAAACGUAUUUUUGUGUAUGCGGAAAAUAGAUUCAGGGGACUUACAUUUGAAUUAAGUGUACAGACUUGAAUAACAUCACAUCAAUCCUACGUGACGUUUCUUUUGCGUUCGUCAUAUCCAUUCAAAAACACUUUUUUUUAUUGAAGUGUUCAGUGUUUGUUUUUUUUUGUUGUUUUAAAAAUUU